CUCUACCCAGCAUUCCUCGGGAGCGCGGAGGACAGAAAAAGACGGAGCACCGAGGAAGAGGAUGCGGCUGGAUAUGCAGUCGGAGCAUCACACGCCUCCGACGGACACAGAGAUGCACGCGGAGGAGGUUUAAGCAGCCGCUCUCUCUGCCUCUGUCCCAGCCUCAGACAUGGAUUACACGGUCGUCUUUGCCGCCUUGGAGCGAGUGUGUGAGGACAACAUCUCCGUCUUGAGUGGCCCCUCCGACUCGCCGUAUGGCCCGGCCACCGACCGCCUGGUGGCCUGCAUGAAGGAGAUCCAGGAACACGGCCGAGCCCUGGAGCCGGUGGUGGCCAGCUUCACCGCCGUCUACCACCACUACGACCUCGACGAGCAAACGCCCGGCAACGGCUACCGCACCCUGGUGAAGAUCCUUCACUCCUGCCUUCUGUACAUCAUACACAAGGGCCGCUACGUGGCCUCCAACUACAGCGGGGCCUUCUUCCGGGCCGAGCACAAUGCCUCGGAGCUGGAGGCGUACUGCGGCGCCCUGUGCCAGCUGAGGGCGAUGCUGCACCUGGCCCAGGGGCUCCUCGGCAGCAACGAGCACGGCCAGCUGUUCGCCAUGCAGGACGGCGAGCUGAGCCACAGGUUCGUGCAGGAGUACAACUCCAUGCACAAGGCCUGCUUCUACGGCCGCUGCCUGGGCUUCCAGUUCUCGCCGGCCCUCCGUCCGUUCUUCCAGACCAUCGUCAUCAGCAUGGUUUCAUACGGUGAGACGUACGGGAAGCAGGAGACGGGGGUCGGUAUGGCAGCCCUCUCUCUCCUCACAUCAGGGAAGUACGUCAUGGACCCGGAGCUCAGGGGGGCCGAGUUCGAGCGCAUCACCCAGAACCUGGACCUGCAGUUCUGGAAGUCCUUCUGGAACGUCACAGAGUCUGACAUUUUAUCAGGCUUCACCAAGCUGGCCUCCACCCCCGUGCAGGUGAACUUCACCCUGACCGUGCCUCCGGUUACCCUGCGCCUCCCGCUCGCCUCGGACCCACGGCUGUCCACCACCGUGUCGCCCCCCGUGGCCCACUGGGGCCCCGGACCCGUCCUCAUGAGACUGGUCUCCUACGAGCUCCGAGAGGGACAGGACAGUGAAGAGCUGCUAGCGUUUUCUCGCGGCGACCCCGGCCCCGUGGCGACACCCCGUCUCCCGUGGCGACAGAAGCAGCCUCGCUCCCCCUGGCUGCUCAUCCAUUUCCACGGAGGCGGCUUCGUGGCCCAGACGUCCCGGUCCCACGAGCAUUACCUCCGGAGCUGGUCCAAGGAGCUCGGCGUUCCCAUCCUCUCCGUCGACUACUCGCUGUCACCCGAGGCUCCUUUUCCCCGAGCUCUGGAGGAGUGUUUCUACGCCUACAGCUGGGCGCUGAACAACUGUCACCUGCUGGGCUCCACUGCAGAGCGGGUCUGUCUGGCCGGGGACAGCGCCGGAGGAAACCUCUGCAUCACAGUCUCCAUGAGGGCCUUGGCCUACGGGAUCCGGGUCCCCGACGGCAUCAUGGCCGCCUACCCCGCCACCCUGCUCACCACCGACGCCUCGCCCGCCCGCCUGCUCACCCUCAUCGACCCCCUGCUGCCCUUAAGUGUCCUGGCCAAGUGCCUCAGCGCCUAUGCAGGAGACGACUUCCAGACGCUGCAGCCGGUGCGGAGGCAUGGCAGCCUGAGCGCUCUGGGCAGAGACACGGCCAUGCUGCUCGGCGACCUCACCCAGGGGGCCUCCAGCUGGCUCCAGUCCUUCCUGGACCCCAGCCGGGUCCCCAGCCGGGUCCGGCGGGGCACCAGGUCCCUGAGCGAGUCCUGCGCGGCGUCCGCCGGCACCGCGGCGGCAGACUCUGAGGACCAGAUCCACUACCCGGACGGCUUCAGGCCCCUGCGCUCCGAGUCCCCGGCGUUCGUCCGGCCCACGCCGUCCCCGGUGGUCCGGAACCCGUUCGUGUCGCCCCUGCUGGCCCCGGCCAGCCUGCUGAGAGGCCUGCCGCCAGUUCACAUCGUGGCCCCGGCGCUGGACGCCCUGCUGGACGACUCGGUCAUGUUCGCCAAGAAGCUGCGGGCGCUGGGCCAGCCGGUGACGCUGACGGUGGUGGAGGACCUGCCGCACGGCUUCCUCAGCCUGGCGCAGAUCUGCAGGGAGACGCAGUCGGCCGUCGACGUCUGCAUGGAGCGGAUGAGGGAGGUCUUCCAGUCAGGGGACCCCCCGGGACCGGGUCCCAACGGACCGAGUCCCACCCGACCGGGUCCCACCGGACCGAGUCCCACCCGACCGGGUCCUAACGGACCGGGUCCCAACAGAUCGGGUCCCAUCAGACCGUAA